AUGUCCAAAGCUGUGUUCAACUCUCAGAUUUUUGUAAAUUGCUGCACUGUGCAGGCUGAGGCGAAGGCGUAUCCCUUCUACUUGGCAAAUGAGCCGGUGUAUGCGAAUGAGGAGCUGCUGGUCACCGACAAGUAUACCAACAAGGUGGCCUACAAAGUGGCAGUGGCCAGCCCCCAAGACAUUGACAGGGCGAUAGCGGCUGCUGAGGCAGCGGCGCCGGCGAUGGCGGCUCUGGGCUCAUACCAGCGUAAGGAGAUUCUGGAGCACUGCGUGGCAGCCUUCAAGGAGAGGUUCGAGGAGCUCGCCAUGAGCCUCUGCAUCGAGGCCGGCAAGCCCAUCAAGGACUCGAGAGGCGAGGCGCAGCGGCUGAUAGAUACCUUCCAGAUCGCAGCAGAGGAGGCCACACGCAUGUACGGUGAGUAUGCGCCGAUGGACCUAGGGGCGCGCACGAAGGGGUUCCAGUCCGUGACUCGCCGUUUCCCAAUUGGCCCCUGCUCAUUCGUGUCCCCCUUCAACUUCCCCCUCAACCUCGCCGCACACAAGGUUGCGCCGGCCCUUGCUGUCGGGUGCCCCUUCGUGCUCAAGCCGGCUUCGCGCACUCCGAUCGGGGCAUUGAUAAUUGCCGAGGUGCUCUCAAAGGCGCCGCACCUUCCCAAGGGAGCGUUCAGCGUUCUGCCCUGCAGCCGAGACGGCGCCGACCUGUUCACCACGGACCCGCGCUUCAAACUGCUCUCCUUUACCGGAUCACCCAGCGUGGGCUGGGACAUGAAAGCGCGUGCUGGCAAGAAGGCCGUGGUUCUGGAGCUGGGAGGGAACGCAGCCUGUCUCGUGGAGGACUUCAGAGGAGAUGACGAAUUGGAAGCCAUCAUCGGUAAAAUCACCUUUGGCGCCUUCUACCAGAGCGGCCAGUCCUGCAUUUCCCUGCAGCGACUCAUGAUCCGCCAGGAUCACUACGAGGCUGUCAAGGCAAAGCUGAUCCCGGCAGUGCAGAAGCUGAAGAGCGGCGACCCGAAGAGCGAGGAGGUCUUUGUCGGUCCGCUCAUCUCUGAGAAGGAGGCCAAACGCAUAGAGGACUGGAUCCAGGAGGCCGUCUCCAGAGGUGCGAGGCUGCUGGUUGGGGGCAAGAGGAACGGGGCGGUGGUGGAGGCAACGGUGUUGGAGAACGUGCCAAGCGACUGCCACGUGGCAUGCGACGAAGUCUUCGGCCCCGUCAUGGUCCUGGACCGCUACGCGUCCUUCAAGGACGCCGUCGCCAAGGUGAACGACAGCAAGUACGGGCUGCAGGCUGGAGUCUUCACGCACGACCUGGACAAGGCGUGGCACGCGUUUGAGCACAUGGAAGUUGGCGGAGUCGUAUGGAACCACGUGCCGAGCAUACGCGUUGACGCGCAGCCCUACGGGGGAGUAAAGGACAGCGGCCUGGGGAGGGAGGGAGUUCGAUGGGCGAUGAAAGACAUGACAGAGGAGCGCGUGCUGAUGAUGGCCGGCCCAGGGCAGCUGUGA